AUGUUGACUUUCCAAUCCGUGCGUGCUCCUAUCAGCCGACGCACCUUCACCUCCACAGAUGCCACAAUGAACUCAUCCCCAAAACCCAGUGCCUACAAGGAAGGGAUGAAUCAAUAUAAGACCUUCACGGGCCCCUUCGCCAAGGUCUUCCUAGGAGGCGUGUUCGUCUACCAGGUGAUCUAUUGGACGUGGCUGAAGUUGGAGAUGGAUGAGACUAAGGUAAAAAAGAAUGAGCAAGUGGCCGUGCUAGAAAAACAGGCCCGGGAAAUCGCCGACUCCCAGAAAUAA